CUCGGACAGCUGGUUUUGGGUAUAAAAGGGUCGAUUGACUGCUUCUAGAGUCACCUUUCUAUUGCGCUUGCAUUCAGAGUAGUCCUUCGACUCAACCGUCUAUCAAAAUGAAAUUCCUCAUCCUGCUGGCCCUGUUCGGUGCUGCCUUCGGGCAGAACCUGCGCGCUGAGGUCGAUCAGCUGCUGCCCUUCCUGAACAUGGAUGAGGUGCGCACGAUCUACGAGCGCUACGUGCAGACCGACGCCCAGGUCGGCGAGAUCUGGAGCUUCCUGCAGUCGGAGGAGACCGAUGCGGCCUGGCGUGUGCUGAUCGCCACCCCGGAGCUGCAGGAGAUCAGCGCCUGGACCGAGGUCCGUGGCGUGAGCAUCCGCGACUACCUGAACGGCAUCGCCGCCAUGCUCGGUCUGACCCCGAUCACCCGCUCGGUCAACGCUCGCUCGCCGGCUUCCCGCUCCUGGAACGCGAUGAUGGACGAGAUCCGUGCCGUCACCAACCUGGAGGGCGCCGAGGCUCUGGCCCGCACCUUCAUCGCCAACCCGGCCAGCGAGUUCGGUGAGCUGUACCGCAUGACCCAGGCCCGUCGCGCUGGCUUCACCCGCGUCAUUGAGCACCCGGAUGUCACCCGUUUCUCCGCCCAGCUGCGCGCUUUCGGCGUCGAUGUCGACCAGAUCAUCACCCGCUUCCGCAACUUCUUCGGCUGGAACUAAAGUGUCGUCCUGUUAAAUAAACGCAAAAUUGUUAUGUGAUCAAACCCCCCAAAA